AUGUCAUCAGCCCUGGACCGACCAACUCAGUUACCGUCAACGCCGCAGCCGCAUUCCGCGUUUGCCAGCAUCAUGACAAGCAAUCGCAGCCGCGUCGCCAGCAUGGACACAUACGCGGCAGGUGCGGCGGCCGCCUUCACCGUCGACGUGCUCGUGUAUCCUCUCGACACCCUUAAAACGAGAUACCAGAGCCAGGACUAUCUCGCGACGUACGGCUCCUCCAGGCAGCAAGCCCUGGCCCUGAAAGGAUUGUACCAGGGCAUUGGGAGCGUCGUGCUGGCCACGCUCCCCGCAGCCGGUCUGUUCUUCUGGGCAUACGAAGAGUCCAAGUCCGUCAUCGGCCGUGCUUCCCCUCUUCACCAGCCGCUCGUGCACGCGUCCGCCUCUGCCGUAGCCGAGAUGGCAUCCUGCCUCGUCCUCGCGCCCGCCGAAGUCGUCAAGCAGAACGCCCAGAUGAUGCACGGCGCUCGACAUGUGCGGGACAAGGCGGCGGGCGCGUCGACGUCUUUGCGAGCUUUCCGCCAGCUCGCCGCCAAGGAUGCGCCUAGGAAGCUGCUCACGGGAUACACGGCCCUGGUGGCGCGCAACCUGCCGUUCACGGCGCUCCAAUUCCCCAUCUUUGAGCAUGUACGCCGGCGGGCUUGGGCUUGGGAGAGGAGGAAGCUCCACGGGAGGAAAGACCGGCCUGCGGGGGUGUUGGAGACGGGGUUGGUCGCCGGAGGCAGCGCCGCGGUUGCCGGGGCAGUGGCGGCCUUGAUCACCACGCCGAGCGACGUUGUCAAGACGAGGAUGAUGCUCAUGGCUGGUAGUGGCGGCGUUGGAGCUCCAGGCCGGAAUGCCUCUGGGCAUGAUGCUGACCUUGGGGCAUGGUCCGUGUCCCGAAGGGUGUAUCAAGAGCGAGGCAUCAGGGGGUUUUUCCGAGGCGGGCUGUUUCGGUCCGGCUGGACUGCCUUGGGGAGUUCGUUGUAUUUGGGGACCUAUGAUGCCGCCAAGCUGUGGUUGAGGCGGAGGAAGAAGAGCUUGGAAAGGGACGAUGCUCGAGUGCUUUGA